GAGGGAGCGGCAGGGAGAGGAGGAGGACGGGUUGGGGCGGCGGGAGAGAGGGAGGGAGGAGACGCUCACGGCUGGCCCAGUUCACUAGUAUACAAGCGGCCGUCGAGGUGUCCAGAGCUACCCGGCCGCGUCCCUGUGUCUCCCGCUUACUCCUGGCGGUGGUCUGAGUCCCCCUUACGACCCUUCUCCGUAUUCACAACCUUCUGUUCCUCACUGCAUCCUCACCUCUCUUUGUGUCUUCCCCGGCUGUCAUUCCCGCGUCUGAAAGUCUCCAGUGAGGAACUUCGCACGAGAAAACACAACGAAAGCGGCGGAAAGAUGGGUGACAGUGCGGGAAAGGAGUGCACGAGGACCCCCUGCUCACAUAAAAGUGGCGUUGGUUCAUGUCACCGCCACUUCGCGUCUCGUUAAAAAGUUCUGAUUCACUUCUGUAAACUUCGCCGCCAUCGCCAUUGUCUCCGUCGCCACCGUGCGCUGCUUCCCCGUGGGGGACAAAGUGAAGGGCCAUGGAGCCCUUUUGACGCUACCACACAGUACCUGAAGCCUCGCCCAUACGCUAUGUCCCUGAGAACACUUAGAAAAGCUAGUCAUUCAUGUGAGAACACCGCCAGGUCGAGGAGAUAAUGUGUUAAGUCUCGACGCGGGAUGCUGAGCGAGAACACGCAAGCAACGCCGCUAACACGAUCUCAGAACAUCUAGUCUUUACACUGACGAACACGAACAUUAACUACACAGCGCUCAUCGUAUGUCAUGUUCAAAUCAAUGGGUGAACUCUGGGUGGCGAUGGAGUCCCCUACAGGCCGUCAAAGCGGGUGUGCUUUGCCUCGCGGACACUAGGCAGAGGACGCGUUGAGGGGCGCGAAGAAGAUGAGGUGUGAGCGGGCGAAGAGGUGCAAAGGUACCUCGUUCCUGCAAUCAAAACAAGAGUACCUGCUUUGCCUGUUUAUUGCGUUAAUCAAACACAGUGUUCAGCCCGUUUGUCCAGGUGAGUCUUUGGUGGCAGUGUGUCGGCAGGUGACGGCGGAAACACGUGAGCAGGUUACUACAAAUAUUCCUGACGCAGCAGCUGAAAAGUGUUCUAAUUUCCCCAAUAUUUCACCAGGUCACGUGCAUUUUCUAGCGGGCAUGACUUCCGUCGGUUAGGUCGCGUGGGUGGGUCGCGCCUCCACCAGCCCAGAAUGAGCCUCCUAGGGAAGCCUCUCAACUAUAAAACCUCACGCCGGGACGUCCGCUACAGGAAAACACAAGCCAGAGUCUACAACUUCCUAGAGCGGCCGCGGGGAGUGAAGGCGGUCAUCUAUCAUAUGUCCGUGUUCUGCACCAUCUUCAUCUGCCUCACUCUGAGCGUUCUGUCCACGGUAAAGGACUACGAAGACCAAGCCACAGAAGUCCUCUUUUAUAUCGAGUCCUUUGUCGUCGUGUGGUUCACUAUUGAAUAUAUUUUGAGAUUAUGGUCGUCCGGGUGUCGUUCGAGAUACCAGGGGUUUUGUGGCAGGAUGAAGUACGCCAAGAGGCCUUUCUGUUGUAUAGACAUAGUAACCAUAGUGGCCUCGGUCGUGGUGCUGGCCAAUGGGUCCGGCGGGCAGGUGGUGUCUGCCGUGCGGGGGCUGCGCUUCUUCCAGAUACUGCGCAUGGUGCGGAUGGACAGACGGGGCGGCACCUGGAAGUUACUGGGCUCUGUCGUGUUCGCGCACAGACAGGAGCUCAUCACGACGGUGUACAUAGGGUUCCUGGGGCUGAUCUUCUCCUCCUUCCUCGUCUACCUCGUCGAGAAAGACAGCAACGACCACUUCAAAAACUUCCCCGACGCUCUGUGGUGGGGAGUGAUAACGUUAUGUACCGUGGGUUACGGUGACGCUGUGCCCAAGACCUGGGGCGGCAAGAUGAUCGCGUCGGGGUGUGCACUCCUGGGGAUUUCCUUUUUCGCCCUGCCAGCGGGCAUCCUAGGGUCGGGGUUCGCCUUGAAGGUUCAGCAACAGCAGCGUCAGAAGCAUAUGAUUCGAAGAAGGCAACCCGCGGCCACCCUCAUCCAAUGUCUGUGGCGAUGCUACGCUGCUGAUGAGCACUCGAUGUCCGUGGCCACCUGGAAGAUACACCAGGUGCCUCUUCCUUCACCUCCCUCGAGACAACUGAGUUCGAUCAGGCUGUCUCCAGGCCGAAUCUUCAAGCAUAAUGCAUCCUUCGUGACCAGAUUACCCACAAUCCGCCGCCACAGAAAUGCUCAUUCACCAUCCAUCAAAAACAGGCACACAGAUUCCAAUCAUGCAUUAGACAACCUAGUCAAUUCUAAUAGAAUAAAUACAAGUCACAGUGAAGAUUCUGUUACGAAAGAGUCUUCUGAUGUGGUUUUAACAAAAAAGAAUUCAGAUGUUCAUCUUCGGCUGGCUGCUGCGGCCUUCCUCACCCCCAUGGUGCUCAGUGAGACUGGCACUCCAACCAAUGGCACCCCGGUUGAGCAGGACCCAGCCCAGUUCCCUGUCGUGCUUGCCAAUCUACUUCACAAGGAGUUUGGGGGCAAUGUUGCCACCCCUCGCCGGCCCCGGUCCCCCAGCAGAGACGAGGACGAUGACCAACCGCGGGUGCUGCAGCUCACCAACCAGCACAAGGCAGCCAUCAGAGCCAUCAGGAAGAUUAGGUACUUCCUUGCCAGGCGUAAGUUCAAAGAGGCCCUAAAACCCUAUGAUGUAAAAGACGUUAUAGAACAAUAUUCCUCGGGCCAUGCAGAUCUGCUAACAAGAGUAAAGUACCUGCACGGGAGGCUGGACCAGAUCCUCGGGAAACAAGGAUCCAAGGCUAAGGAUGUAUACGAGUCCAAGAUUAGUCUUGCCUCUCGUAUUGUAAAAGUGGAAAGACAGGUUGAUGAUAUUGAGUCUAAAUUGGACCAGUUAAUUGAUCUGUACAUGGAGGACCGCAAACGCCUUCUGGCUCUGCCCCCACCUGUGACGAGUCUCUUUCCCACCACACCCACCUCUUCUGCUCCCCUCCCUGGCUCUCCAGACAGCUGCAGCAGUGGCCCUACCACCUCCUUCACCCCCAUCACCAGCUCCUCGACCGUCAUUUCCUCAUCUUCCCUAACCGUUCCUGGUGCUCCCCCACCCUACACAUCUGUUUUGAAGCCCAAGCCCAUCCUGGUUGACAAGCAAGCAUCUGAACCCAACACACCAACUAACAAGUACUUUGAGAGGCCCAUGACUCGAGGCAACUCUGACGUCUCUCAGAGAAUGAAGAAACGAGUUACCCUAAGACUCCCUUGCAGCUCACUGCCGUCCCGUCAUUCCCUGGAGGCCAAGGAGCCAGACUUGCUGCAGGUGCCUCAGGUGGUACAGAUUGAGCACACUGGUGCCCCCUACAUCGAGGAAGACUGUGAUUCCCGUAACCAAGACGACGACAGCAGUACAAUCAUGACUGAGUACGAAUCCCUGGAGCCAGCCACCAUCAUGGAGGAGAAUGAGUUCUCCUCCAUCACCAUCCCCACCAUCUCAGCCUCUGUUGCACAGGACACCACACUUCAAGUUCCAGCGCCAACCAUCAUUAGUCACCCCCAUCAUAGCUCUUCCCACCAUCAUCACGCUGCAGAGUUAAAUCACCAUUACCAUACACCACAUCACACUAGCUACUACUCCCACUACCCUUACACGUAUCACCACUAUCCCCGUCACCAUUACUCACACCAUCUCCCUACUCACCACGAGUCCAGGGUCACAUCGUCGCCACCAACCACGUCACCGUCAUCAUCAUAUGCACUACUGCCCGUCCUUGAGCCCCCAGUGUUGGUGGGGGAGAGCAUCGAGCUGCAUGCAACGGAGACUUCCCAGCUCCUGCCUGCACCUGAAAUAGUAACAAUGGAGGAGUCCUCAUCAUGAUGGUGCAAGAAAGGACACUACUUCUUACUCAGGGCAUUCUAAAAAUCUAGUUUGUUGUCCCCUCCCUUUUUUUAAUCAUGCAUUUCCAUUAGUCCUACUCACUCACCUAUUCCAUUGUGUGAGAACCCAUGUAUCCUUGUGUCCCUCUUGUUUAUGUUCAAGGUUAAUUUACUGUUUUUUGUGUGUGGGAAGUGCUGGUGGAGGUGACAAUUUAUGUGCUGUUGUUGAUGUUGGUUAAGGUUAGUAAGUGUGUGGUUCCUGUGGAGGAGAGACUCAGGGUUGUCUAGGCUAUUGGUGGCCCCACUCAAAAGACAACAUUUUGAUGUAGCAAAAAAACCUUAUUCGCAUCCCCACUGAUCUGAUCCACAAUCUCACGAUAUUAUUACCGUAAAUGGCUAUUUUUUUAUGAUUCUGUAAUAUUACAAUGCUCAUUCGCAGUACUGCAGAUAAGUUGUAUGGGUGGAUAGGUAUAAUUCACAAUGACAUUACAUAUACACUUGACUUCUUUUCACAAGGUAGACAGAAAAUCACUCCAGGUGUUGUGGCAAUUUUAUAUUGUUACAUUUGUUGCUAAGAAAAAUAUAUAAUGACAACAUGUCUUUCACUAUGUUACUUUGGUUCAAUAGGAAUUGGUUAUGGAUGAACUCCAUAAUGCAAUGUCUUAUAUUAUAGCCAUAAGAGACAAGACAAGAUAAGCCUUAUCAUGGAACAUUUAUUCUGGUCUCUGAAAUAGUGAUUUAGUUCCUAAGUCUCACUCACUUGUUGUUAUUAAUGAAUAAGCGAUUUUAUUAUUACCUCAUAGUUUUUAUUAAUUAAGCAAUUAGGAAUAUUUAUGAUAAAGAGCACUGACUACACUCAAGGCUCUUGAUUUUCCGAUAUAGGCUCCAUCUUUUACACCUACGAAGUAUUACAGUCUCUCUGCACUCUCCAGUUUGUACUCAUCACGUGCACACCAGUACAAUAAUUAUAAUUAACUUGAUAGGAUAUGAAUAUUUUACAAUUCAAUAGUAUAUGAAUAUUUUAUGAUUAUGAAUUCACACCACCCAUGACAUUACUUGACCAUCAAUCAUGACAAAGUUCAUAUAAACUAAGGGACAAGAUAUUUUUAUUUUAUACUUGUUCAUGAGACAGGCAAUAGGUGAUAUGGGAAAAGUGAAAUUGAGGUAAUUGCUGAUAGUGAUAAAAUGAAAGAAAGGUAAUGCAAUGAAAGAAUAAAGGUAAUGCCUGAUAGUUAAUGUGAGUAAUGAUGAGAGGUCUAGUUUGGUCAGAUACUAAGUUAUUACUGCUCAUUUGAGAUAGAAGUACUUUAUGGCUGAAAUUGUAAUAUUAAACUUGGCAAUACUAAACUAGGAAUGUAAUGAGGGAAGUCAGAUGACAUAUUUAUUGGCUCCAAUAUCUGGAUCUUUUUAAGUUAUUUCUAUAAGAAAUAAAAAAGCAACUUGAUAUGAUUGAUGAUCAAUAUGUGAAUAAUGAACUUGUUGAAGCAGAGGCACAUAUAAGCUGAAUUUUUAUACAGUCUCAAAUUCUAGUGAGAAUUAAGAAAUAGAUAGAGCAUAGAGAUUGCUUUUAAAAAUAGGAAAUUUGGAAAACCUAGAUACAUAUAUGCUGCACACUAGAAAUGCAAAGAGGUUAAGAAUUUUAUACAUUUCAUGUUUUUAUGGGAGAGAAGCAAUAUCAGUAUUAAUAUUUACAUUAGAUACAUACUUUAUAACUAUCUUUACUACUCUACCACAUGUUUUCAGUACCUGUUGCUGCUGCUACACGAUGGUUGCUAGAGCCUGAUCCAUAACACUUCUUAGUCAUCGUAACACAAAUCCUUCUUAGUUUAGCAGAUUUAAACAAUGUUGAAAUUGAACCUUUUAAAUUGUAACAUUCUGAGUGACAACUAACAUUUCUUUUUGUUGCAAAAGUUUUUUUUUUUCUUUUCUAUUAGGAUAAAUAAGAUAUAUUACCUAAUAAGGCAGGAAUGAAGCUCCCCUUUAAUGAGCAGUGCACAGCUGUCAGGCACUGUGUGGGUGUUGCAGUUUUUUGUCGGAAACCUAUUAAGUUGACUUUAUAAAGGUAGGCCAAUGAAAGUAAAUACUUCAUUAUACAAGAAAAAAGUUGCACAGAAAGCCUGCAAUCUUACUGAAAGAAAUAUGUUACUUGUGUAACAAAUAUAGGGAAUCCUUGUAACCUUCAUUAAGGAUUUUUUAUGUGCUCUAUUUGUACUGUAUGAAUAUGUAGGGCAGUAUGAAUGGAGCAAAGGCUGGCCAUGUUACAUGAGGCACAUGGAAGGAGGAAUGUUGUUUGACAAGAACAGCCUGCAGUAUGUCUGUGUGCUUUUGUUGCUCUUCACCUUCAGUCACCAUUAAGUUUUUAAAAAUGUCAUUGACACAAAUGAAUCACACAUUACUUGUCUGUAAAUUUAAGUAGUGCAUUGCAAGGUAUCACAUGAUCAACAAAAAUACAACUUAUGGGAAAGAUUUUUUUGUGUUGAAUGUUAAAUUCUUCCCUAAAGACAAUUUCCUGAAUUUUCAUAUCAAGUUAUUAUCACACAACUUAUUCAUAGUAACUUUUACAGACAGUGCACUGAUAAGCCGAGUUUGUGCAUGGAUUGGUGAGUGGCAGAGAAGCCUUAGCACAACUAGUGAUUCAGCACCAAUUGUGGUUAAUAUAACCAAGCUCUUCACUUCUGUCAUUUGGCCUUGGUGAGGUCACAGUCAUCAUAGCAUGCUUCCAAAUUGUUCUGUCAUGGCCACCUUGACAAGAAUGUGGUGCACUGGCAGACUGUUCAUGAUCAUGUGCAUCUUGCAUCAUGCAGCAAGUUCAGAUGACUAACUAGUAUUGUAUGCAAAAUUGAGAUGACUUCUCCAACAGCAUUACUUUGUAGAUCAGAACAAAGUUUGUUGCAUUCUAAUGUCAUAAUUCAGAAUUUAAACAUACACACAGCAAGAAAAAUACUUCCAAUGUUGAUGAGUGAUCCACAGCUCAAGGGUAUUUCAUGAAUUCCAUCUGGUGAUGACCAAUGAAUUCUCAGUAGCAAAAAAAUAACCACAAUAUGCAGAUACAACUGUUCUGAACUGUCUCUGUUUUUCUCUGUAGUACUGUUUUAUCUAAAAUUCAUACAACAAACUGUUCUGAUGGAAAUAUUUCAAAAAAUAAGGAGAGCAACACUUACAAUAUUCCAGGGAACCCAUGGUGGUUUUAGAAGACAAUUUUACAUUGGUAACUGACAGGUGUCUGAGAUGGUUCACUUCUGCAAAAUAAACAAUAAAAAUACUGCAUGUACAUGACAUGUACAAUGAAAGAACUGUUGAAGGGGAGUUUAGUACAGCCAGUCAAAUUAUUACCUUCAUAUUAUAUACUCUUAUUAAUCAUCCAUUAUGUGAUAAUUCAAGAACUGAUUUUUGGUUAUCGUUCAUAGUAGGAAUGAUAUCUAGGUUCAUUAGCUAAUAUUUUUUUUACAAAUUAAUUGCAGUAUGUAGUAAUUUUGGUUUUCUGUCUAGUAGUGGUGUUUCUUUCAACUAACACAUAGGUAUUAUCAGUGAUUUUAUUGUUAUAAUUAAUAAGGGGUAAAGAAAGGCACAAUCAAUAUGCUACAUGAACUAGAAUUAAAUAAAGUAUGGCAAGUCUCACUGUGAUGAGAGACGGUGAGGUGUGUUCAGAAGGCGAGGGUGAGAGGUGUGUGUUCCCGCCUCACCACUCCAGGAUGAGGAGGUAAUCAAAAGACAAAUUAUUUCUUGUGAGAUUCAGUUGCUCACAUAAGUGGCUUACAUUUCAGUUGCUUCCGUUACUUUUGUUGACAAUUUCUUAAUUUGAAUGCUUGAAAACUUUGCCAAAUCUGCUUCCAUAAUUUGCUCAUAAUGUAAUUCUGUUUUCAGAAUGGCAUUAAUUCACUAAUGAUAAAUAUAGACAUUCAAACUAAAUGAUGACAAAUGUAAUUUUCUUUAAAAUUAAUAAAAUACAGCAAAGAGGUAAGAUUAUUGCCAAAAUGCUUGACAUUGUCCAAGUGAGAUACUAUUAAGCUAUUGUAUAAUGAUCAGAUCUGAAGGUCCAGUAUUGCUUGCUAUGAACAGUUUUGUUAUCACUGUAGUUUAGUGUACAUAAUUUUCAAGAAAUUAUUCCAUAUUCACUACAUGAAAGCAUCUGUAACAUAGUCCAUUAUCACUUGAAAUGUUGAAUUAUGGGAAGAAGAUUUACAUAAGUUGAGUAUGUUGUAAAAUAUAUAUAUUUACUGUUUGGUUAUUGUGAAUACUAUAUUUGCCAAAUAUAACUUUUUGCAGUCAA